AAGUUAGGGCUGGAAAAGACCUAUUGGCUUCUCUCUGAAUUGCGACGGACAGCGGACUGCGCAGGCUUCGUCGUGACAGGGUGUCCUCUGGGGGCUUUUUUCAAUUAAUCGUUUAAAUGGCUCGCGUGGCGGGGCAUCUGCCAGCUCCUUUGGGAGACUGUUCCUCGUACUGAUACGUCUGGCUGUUGAAAUUCACCCUGGUUUAUUUCUUGGUACUUUUGAAGCGGAAGAAGGAAAUGCCCCCUGGAUGUAGAGUAGCUGUAAUGUGUAUUAGUAAUGAAUGCACUCCUUCUCCCCCCCCCCCCCCCCCCAAAAAAAAAAAAAAAAUGUAUUAUGCAGCUAGACUUGCUGGCUGACUAGCUCUCUUCUUUACAAGCAAACCCCUAGACCAACAGGGGGAUAUCUGAGGAAUAUGGGUGCCGUUCGGUGCGAGUCAGGAACAGAUCCCGAGACUCUUUCUGAUGCGUAGAGCGACGCCAUUACUUCAUCACACACGUCACUUGUUUCAGCCUGAAGAAAGUUUAUUUAAAAAACUGGGACAUGGUGCAGAGUGAAGAGCACAGAUAAAGAACCUUCCACCACUCUACAAGACUACCCCAACUGCCCUGACAACUUCAUGCAGCUGGACAAAGCCUGAUGCCCUCAGCGCAUCCUGCCAUGGACGGGGGGAACAGCUAUCCACAGCAUGAGCACCAGCAGUCAGGCAAUACCUUAUACAGUGUGCCUAAUCUCCAGGCCCAGCUCGGUGUACCUGCCAUGGAGAACUCGAUGCUGGGUUCGGACUGGUGGAAUAACUUCUGUUUACCUGCCCCUUACUCGACUCCAUCUUUCUCAAGUGAAACCCAGCAAUAUUUUAAUACCACUUCUGAUUAUUACAUGAAUCCCAUCAGCAGACAACCUUUCCCGGAGACGAACUAUACAUCUGUGGACACUGCUGACUUCUUACCAAAAAAUGGUGAUUUUUCUCAGGACACUUACAUCGAUGACUCCAUCUUCUCCUCCCCCGCGGACUCCCUCUCCAGCAUCGCUGAUUCUAAGGAUUUCCUGCCUGCUGACAGCCUGAACCAAGUGCCAACGCUAUGGGAUGUUAACACAACGCCACAGAACCAAAUAGAGCUGUACUCUCCUGGCAGACCAUUCGUGGGCUUAGACAGCUUGAGUGACCAAGUUCCUGCUGUCCCGAACACCCCGCUCCUCGUAAGCUAUCAGUCGCAGACUCAGGCGGAGGAGGAUGACGAAGGGGAAGAGGAAGAAGCAGAGGAGCUGGGGCACACGGAGACCUACGCGGAUUACGUCCCUUCGAAGUCCAAGCUCGGGAAACACCACCCCGACCGGGUGGUGGAGACGAGCACGCUGUCCAGUGUCCCCCCGCCUGACAUCACCUACGCCCUUUCCCUUCCGAGCUCAGUUGCCGAAGAUGGGUCCCUCUCUGCACUACAGCUGGAGGCAAUUGUGUAUGCUUGCCAGCAACAUGAAGUUUUAUUACCCAACGGGCAGCGAGCUGGAUUUCUCAUCGGGGAUGGGGCUGGAGUCGGAAAGGGCAGAACAGUUGCCGGGAUCAUCUUUGAAAAUUAUCUGAAGGGGAGGAAGAAGUCCCUGUGGUUCAGUGUCUCCAACGAUCUCAAGUACGAUGCAGAGAGAGACCUGAAGGACAUUAAUGCCCCCAACAUUCCGGUGCAUGCUUUAAACAAGAUUAAAUACGGUGACACAGCUACCUCAGAGGGAGUCCUAUUUGCCACUUACCCUGCUUUGAUCGGUGAAAGCCAAGCGGGCGGACAGCACAGAACACGAUUAAAGCAGAUUAUGGACUGGUGCGGGGAGAACUUCGACGGAGUUAUCGUAUUCGAUGAAUGCCACAAAGCCAAAAAUGCUAGUUCCACUAAAAUUGGCAAAGCAGUGUUGGACCUUCAAAACAAACUGCCUCUAUCCAGGGUCGUCUAUGCCAGUGCCACAGGUGCCUCCGAGCCAAAAAACAUGAUAUACAUGAGCCGCCUGGGGAUCUGGGGAGAGGGCACCCCCUUCCGUUCGUUUGAUGAGUUCCUGCAUGCAAUUGAAAAGAGGGGCGUUGGUGCAAUGGAAAUCGUGGCGAUGGACAUGAAAGUGAGUGGAAUGUACAUUGCCAGGCAGCUCAGUUUCUCUGGAGUCACUUUCAGGAUAGAGGAAAUCCCGCUGGAUCAGCAGUACAAGCUUGUCUACAACAAAGCAGCACAGCUGUGGGCAGAGGCAUUGAUGGUGUUCCAGCAGGCUGCCGACUGGAUUGGCCUGGAGUCUCGGAAGUCCUUGUGGGGUCAGUUCUGGUCUGCUCACCAGCGUUUCUUCAAGUAUCUCUGUAUCGCUGCUAAAGUCCGGCGCCUUGUUGAGCUCGCCAAAGAGGAGCUGGCAAAGGACAAGUGCAUCGUCAUUGGGCUGCAGUCCACCGGCGAAGCGCGCACCAGGGAAGUCUUGGACGAGAACGACGGGCACCUAAACUGCUUUGUCUCUGCUGCAGAAGGCGUCUUUCUAUCACUAAUUCAGAAGCACUUUCCUUCAACCAAAAGAAAGAGAGAAAAAGGAACUGGCAUUAAAAGAAAACGGAAGCAGAGAGGCCGCUGUGCUAAGGCCCUGCGGGGCAGCUACGACCCCUCCAGCGUGAUCAAGAUCAGCGAUGACAGCAGCACUGACUCGGAUGUGGGGCUGGACAGCGACUUCAACUCCUCCCCGGAGUCUGUGGUCGACAAUGACGAUGUCAUCUUUGUCGAGCACACCUACAACGGCUUUGCCUCCGAGGACAGAGGCAGUUUGCACUUGCCAACUUCCCAAAAGGACCUGCACAGCCUGGGAGUGAUCGAGCACGUGGAGAAGAUGAAGCAGGACCUCCUAGCAAAAGUAAAAGCACUGGGCAAAGAGCUACCUCUCAAUACCUUGGAUGAAUUGAUCAAUCACUUUGGAGGCCCGGACCACGUGGCAGAGAUGACGGGCAGGAAGGGCCGGGUGGUGUGCAGGUCAGACGGCUCGGUCGUGUUUGAGUCCCGGGCAGAGCAGGGCCUCUCCAUAGACCACGUCAAUCUGAAGGAGAAGGAACGUUUUAUGAAUGGGGACAAGCUUGUAGCAAUAAUCUCCGAGGCCUCCAGCUCAGGUAUCUCCCUCCAAGCAGAUAGGCGGGUGAAGAACCAGAAGCGUCGGGUCCACAUGACACUGGAAUUGCCCUGGAGCGCAGAUCGAGCCAUCCAGCAAUUCGGUCGAACACACCGAUCGAACCAGGUCUCUGCCCCAGAGUAUGUCUUCCUGAUCUCCGAGCUGGCAGGGGAAAGGAGGUUCGCAUCCAUCGUUGCCAAGCGCUUGGAGAGCCUAGGUGCCUUAACUCACGGAGACCGAAGAGCCACUGAAUCCAGGGACCUCAGCAAGUACAACUUUGAGAACAAGUACGGGGCAAGAGCACUGGACAGAGUCCUCACCACCAUCCUCACUCAUGGCGAGAGCAAGGUGCCCGUGCCCAAGUACUAUCCUGGUGGAGAGGCUGCAUUUUUCCAUGAAAUGAAGCAAGGUCUCGUCUCCGUUGGGAUCUGCUGCAGGGAGAUGAAGUACGGCUCCAUCUCUGUGGAGAAGGACUGCUCCAUCACCAAGUUCCUGAACCGCAUCCUGGGCCUGGAGGUGCACAAGCAGAACAUGCUCUUCCAGUACUUCUCCGAUACCUUCGACUACCUGAUCGAGAAGGACAAGAAGGAGGGCAGAUAUGACAUGGGCAUCCUCGACUUGGCCCCGGGAGUGGAUGAGAUCUACGAGGAGAGCAAGGAGAUGUUCCUGACCCCCGGGCACCCCCAGGAUGGCCAGGUCGUGUUCUACAAGAUCAGUGUCGACAGGGGCAUGAAGUGGGAGGACGCAUAUGAGAAAUCUCUCAAACUGACAGGAACCCACGAUGGCUUCUACCUCUCCUACAAGGCCCGGGGCUCCAAGUACACCUGUCUGCUGGCGGAGCAGAACCGUGGCAAGAACUUCCUCCUCUACAAGCCCAACAUCGGGAAGCAGAGCCAAGCCGAAAGCCUCGACAGCCUCCUCAAGAAGUACCGGCGGGUGUCACCCGAAGAGGCCAAGGAGCACUGGGAGAGCAACUACCUGUUCUCCCUCACCAAGUGCAACCACGCCAUCUGGAAUCGCAACUGCAAACUGAUCCAGGAGGGCAAGGAGUGCUUCCAGGGCAUGCGUCUGCGCCACUAUUACAUGCUGUGCGGUGCCCUGCUGCGGGUCUGGAGCAAGAUCGCCAGCAUCAUGGCAGACAUCACCAACACCAGCUACCUGCAGAUCGUCCGCCUUAAGACCAAGGAGAAGAAAAAGCAAGUGGGGAUAAAGAUCCCCGAGAGCUGCGUGUACAAGGUGCGGGAGGAGCUGAAGCAGAUGCACGAGAACGUGAAGCGGAAGCAGGACCAGCGGCUGCUGCUGGCGCAGGACAGGGGGCUGCCCUAUGGCCUGCCCCAGCACCUCCUGUCCCCGCUGCUGGACCUCACCCAGGUCCCACCCCCCCUGCCCAGACACUCCCUCAGCCAGAACGAGAUCCUGGACUUGACCUACAGCCCCCCCAGCAACAGCCUUCCCGACGUGGCACCGAACCCGGACCCAGGCGCCCUGCACUUCCCUGCCGAGCCGGGCCUGACACCGCCCCAGCAGCACAGGCUGCACUACGGCUUCGGCCUGGCCCCGGCCUACGAGAGCCCUGCCAUGCCCAUGCUGCCAGGGGGCCCUGGGCCCCUCCACCCCACCCUGCACGAACACUUGCCCCUGGCCGCCCCAGACCACCUGCAGGCCCCGCCACUGCCACAGGACAACUUCACCCAGCUGGACGCCAACAUCAACUUCAAGGAGAUCCUGGAGGAGAUGCUGCGGACGCUGUCGGUGGCUCCCCAGGAUGGCUCGCUCUCGCAGGAGCGCCAGAGCGUUAUCCAGUUCAGCGGGCCCUAUGGUGACCCUUGAGCCACCGGUGCCUGGUGCCUGCACAUCCAGUGUCCUUUGCUGGGAGUGGGGGGAGCCCCGGCCUCAGCCUGGAACACCUCGCAGGCAGGAGUGGGGCGGGAGGCUCUGGCUCCACAGAGCAGAGUUUGUUUAUGCACGAGGCAGCCGCCUGCACGGAGACAGACAGAGGGAGUGAGCAGAGGGGCCCGGCCUCGCGGUCAUCCUGCUCCAACAGUCCUGCUCAGGCACGACCCAGGAGGGCCACUGACAGACCCUGCCACCUUCCCGCAGACUACUGAGCUGCUGUCACCCCACUCACCAGGCAGGGAAGCAAGCCAGUGACCAGCCCCUGUUGCCAGCCAUCCCAGGCAGGUUCUGUCAGGUGAGCUGGAGUCAGCCUUUAUUUCAGGCGCUUGCUGCGGAGCUCAGCUCCAAGCACUCGGCUCUGGAGGGGAUGGGGCGGGCACUGGGCCCAGCCCAGAGGCAAGGAUGGGGCAGGUCGAGAGACCCCCGAGCGUGGAGCCCCUGAGCGAGCGUGCCUGUCUGCAGAGGGCUGCACGGGGGCCGCAUUAAACUGACGACUCCCAGUGCGCUGUGCUCCCCCCAGCCCAGUCUGACAGCCCCUCACCGGCAGGGACCUGACAGCCGCUGGGGGUGCGGGCAGUGUCCCAGCCCGGUGGGGUGCUCCCAUUCUGUACUGCUGGGACCCCGUUAUCAGUAUUCUGCCAGCCAGCAGCAGAGGGGUCGCGGGUCCCAUCCCUGUCCCUACCCCUGGGCACACUGAGGGCUCGGCAAGGUCACGUUCCCCUGGACCCUCCCUCGUUACUUGUACAGCCUGUCGCCCACCAGCUCAAGCAUCCCGUCCUGCCAGGCAGGCAGGGAGAGCAGCCCCGACUCCAGGAGCACAAGGAGUCUGGAUCUCCCUUUUCCAGCACGGCCUACGCUGGUUGUGCCUGGGAGAGGUUGGGGGCCAGCGAGGCAGAGCCAGGCAGCAGCGCCGUCCGCGCUGAGCGGCUACAGCAGGUGCCAGCUUCAGUACCAAAGAGCGAACUCCUGCUUAGCAGAGAAUAUCCAUUCCCAUCCUCAUCCGCCCCCCUCCCCCUAGACCUGCAGGUGCCUCAGUUUCCCAUCUUGUCCCAUGGGGAUAACACUCCCCACCUGCACCAAGCAUUUUGAAACAUGUCUCACUGCAGUGUUGCUGCUUCCUGCCUGGGGCGGGGGAGCCGCCUUCUCCCCUUCCCUCCCCUAGCACAUGCAGCCCUUCCAGAGAGAUGCCCACCUUGGCCUGUACCGUCCCUCCCCCAGGCCCCAGUGCUGGCCAGGAAGGAUGAAGGGCUUUCUCCUGAUCCGAUCGUGGCAGCCUCUGGACUUUGCUGUGCUGGGCAGGCUGGCUGGCCUUGCUGACACCCCCUUUCCCUGGGGCUGGGGGCUUUGAUCAGAACUGCAGGCAACCCCCUUACCUUGCACGAGCACCAAAGAGUAGAAAAACCGUCCCCCUCCUUCCCCCAGAAGCAGAAGCCCAAAGCGUGACAGGCGAGGGGCACUCCUGCCCGACCCUCCCACCGUCUCCUGCCUGGCGUUCGGAUGCUUCUCUGUUCCCAAGGACGUGGUGACUUCUGACCCCUUUCCCAGGAGGGAAGAGAACAGCCUGUCCCAGGCCCUCCUGGAGCCAGGACGUGCUGGUUCACUGGGGCUCUGUUUACAACCCUGCCUCCACCCGCGCCCGUUUAGGAGAUGCCCUAGAUUCGCAACACUCGGGCACAGCCUUGAAAACCCCUUUUUCCCUCCGAGCUUCUGGGCCCUUAUUUAAUGUCACUUGUCUCAUCCAUUCGGGCACUUGUCGAACCCUCAGCAAAAGGAUAACACCCCCCACCCCCAACAAAAACCCAUUUCAAAGAGGCUUAAACUCAGGAAUAACCACCAGGUGCUCUGGUUCUGGUCACGCCUUCCCGGGGGAACCCCUGAAACCCAUUCCCUGGAGUUGUAUGUGGUGGUUUUGUUGCUGUUUUUAAUUUUAAGAUAUAUGCAAUUCUCCCCGCCCCAUCUCUGGAAACGACAGAGCACCUUCAGGCAAAUUCUUCCCCUCGCCCCCAAUCCUGUGUUUGCGUCAGGGUUUAAUAAUAUGUAACAAUAUCUUUUAACUAAAUUAUUAUGCUGUCCUACUGAUUGUAUGUAUUUUUUUAAAUAAGUCCCUUUUCCUCUCCCCCCCUUCCUUUUUUGUUAGCACUUUUUAAUCUGCUUGUCGUUUGCCUGUUUUUUUUUUUCUAUGUGUAUUUAUAAUUAAUUGAGAUGUAUAUAUGUACAAAGAUUUUUUUAGAAUAUGUGCCUUUGACUAAUAAUUCCUAAAUUUUCUACUUGCCUCAGAAGGAUAAUUUUUUCAUUCUGCUUAGUAAAGCUGGAAAGGAAGCCACGUGUGAGAGUUCUGUAAGUCCCAGCUCCGUGUC